UACCACUACAGAUUGUGGGUAAUUUACAGAGUGUGCGGUGUGGAGAAGUGUGCAGCCUGCGUGGACUCAGGAGGACCCAGAAGGAAACACCGAAAGUCCCCUCGAGGCCGCGCGUGGGCUUGAUGAAUUGAACAUUUGGACAGCUCUCAUCACUCACGUACUCGACGCGAACGCGCCCGUUGAUUCAGCACGCGUGAGGCACAUUCGGUACGUGUGGAUCGUGAUCACACAGUGAUACAGUGAUGGCCAAACUCCAGGGCUUUGAGUUCUGGAGUAAGACCCUAAAAGAAGCACGCUUUGUGGUGGCACCCAUGGUGGACCAGAGCGAGCUGGCCUGGCGCCUGCUGAGCCGCCGUCAUGGUGCCCAGCUCUGCUACACCCCCAUGCUGCACGCUCAGGUGUUUGUGCGUGACACCAACUACAGGCGAGAUAAUCUCUACAGUGAGGUUUGUGAGGAGGACAGACCUCUCAUCACUCAGUUUUGCGCCAACGAUCCAGAAGUGUUCAUUCAGGCGGCUCUGCUGGCCCAGGACCAUUGUGACGCCAUCGACCUCAACCUAGGCUGUCCUCAGAUGAUAGCAAAGAGAGGGCACUAUGGAGUCUUCUUGCAAGAUGAAUGGGAGCUGUUGGAGAAAAUGAUCAGGUUAGCCAAUGAAAAGCUCUCGGUGCCCAUCACAUGUAAGAUCCGUGUGUUCAAUGAGAUGGAAAAGACUGUGUCCUACGCCCAGAUGCUGGAGAAAGCUGGAUGUCAGCUGCUCACAAUACAUGGCAGAACCAAAGACCAGAAAGGACCCAUGACUGGUAUCGCUAGCUGGGAGCACAUCAAGGCAGUGCGGAAGGCAGUUAAUAUUCCAGUGUUUGCUAACGGAAACAUUCAGCACCUGAGUGAUGUGGAGCACUGCAUUCAGGAGACGGGGGUUCAGGGUGUUAUGAGCGCAGAGGGGAACCUCCAUAACCCUGCACUAUUUGAGGGCAACAGCCCCCCUGUGUGGGAGAUGGCUGAGGAGUAUCUGGAGCUGGUAAAGCGGUAUCCUCCCUGCACUCUGUCCUACGUACGAGCCCACCUCUUCAAGCUGUGGCACCACACGCUACAGAUACACCAGGACCUGAGGGAGGAGUUGGCCAAGGUGAAGAACCUCGAAAGUUUAGCCGAUGUCAGCAAAAAGUUGAGGCUGCGCUGUCAGGAGGAGAUAGCCAAAGGAAAGGAUGUGGAAGAGAAGGAGAGCAGCCUGCCCUUCCCCCACUGGAUCUGCCAGCCAUACGUUAGACCAGUGCCAAAGGAGCCAGAUGCAAAUGGUAACAGCCAGGGUUCAGAGGUGAAGAAGACAGUAUGUCAGAAAAGGGCGCUGGAGGACUCUGAUGGGUCCGCUGACACACUCUCCAAAAACAAGCAGAAAAAGAAAUCCCGCAACCCCAAAAAGAACUUCAGUCCCGAGCAGAAACCCAAGUACAUCAAAUGUGAACAGUGUGGUAACCCAAAGGGAAAUAAGUGUGUCUUCAACCUGUGUCGAGGCUGCUGUAAGAAAAAGGCCUACAAGGAGGUGGCAGACUGUCCAAGUCAUGGGCUGAGGUUCAAGACCAAGGCAGAGAAGCUGAAAGCUGACGAGAACAACGGGAAGGACGCCUCCGAGACGGAGAGAAGCUGCAGCACCCCUCAGACUGUCCCACAGCCAAGUACUGAGCUGCAGGAUCAGUCACAGGCUCAUCUACCACUAUGAGAAGGACUUAAGCUAUCUACAUGCACAGACCGAUUCUGAGGUGUCACAUGUAGAAGUCUUCAGUUCAGAUGUUCAUUAUCUGUGUGAGGCUUAGAUUUUCUUUGCGGGCAAAAUGUUAGAGGUACAAAACGAUAGGUCUCACAAUUAUUCUCCAGAACUGUCUGUAUCGCACUGAUGCUGAAAUAUGGACACUGAUCAAUAGACCAAAACCAUAAAGUAAAGGAAUAUUUUUUCAUUGGAUGUGGAUUUCCAGGACAAAUUAUUAGCUUGGUAAUUUUUAGGUAGGUAACUUGGGAGAGUUCUCUACCUACUGACAUUUUAUUUUAUUUUUCAAGUUAGAUUUUAUGUGGAUAAUGUCUGGAUAUUAUUUUGGCCAAAUCUGUUACUAAGCCACCAAAGAUUCCUUAACUUUCUGAUGGAACUUGUUAUUGCUUUCAUAUAAGGUUAUGAAUGUGGUUGCGUUCUUCAACUGAUGAGUUAAACUAUUUAUUUGGGGUUUAAGGUUUGCCUGUAGUGCUUUGACCAUAUGUGCCUUUUGGAGGUGAAAUACCACUGCCUAUUCAGAUGAGACCUUAUGAGAACACUAUCUGGCUCAGUCACUACACAGUCCUGGAUCUGCUAUGAACAUAAUAUUUUUGGCAAAUGGUUUUCUUUUUUUAUAUAUAUUUUUCUUGAUGAAAAGACUGGUGCUGACCUUGACUUGGUACGGACACUAUGUACAUAGAAGAAAAUAUGUAUAAAAUUGGCAUCAGUCAAAUCAUCUUACUCCCGACAAAGUAUUUCCCCAAUUGUGAAACUCCCUUAAACCCAAGACUAUAACUGAAUUUGUCAGAUAUAUAAGACUCAUUCCCCAAAACUUCUGUAUGAUGUUCUAAAAACAUGUUCGGGGGGUGAGUGAAUUAUUUUUCAAUGCUAUUAAUUCAGAAUCGCCUUCACAAGGUUUCAAUAUUGGUGGCUAGGCAUCAUUUUUAUGGUUGUACCUGUCUUUUCAUUUCGCCUUCAGGAGAAAAGUUAUUCCUUAACUUACAAUAUCAACCUAAAAUCUCACUGUUGAAGAUCCAUCCAACAAAUUAAUGAAUCUACUUGAGAGUUGCCCGAUGAAACUUAACUACAUUUGAGCUGGUUGGCUUUAUAUUAGCCUGGUUUAACUGAACAACACACACGGUCUUGUGGGACCAGAUUGUUGCUUGAAACAGGAAGAGAUGCAGUUCUUCAACUACAAGUAAACGUAAACCUCUGAAGUUUCUAACAGAAGAUCUUUGAGAUAGUAAAUUGGUAAUAAAAAAAAGCAGUUUCACCACGUGAUUAUUAAUAAAUACAGGAUGAAAGUUAAUGGAAAUGAGAUCUGAAGUAGCAUGGCUCUUGUUGGAGAGUAAGGAGAAGCAGGAUCAACAUUGGGUGAUAAAACCUUUAGGCUUAAUGGUUAGAAAUAAUACAGUAAUUCUUAAUGUACAUGAGCCAGAAUCAAUCCAACACAUUUCACAUCACAGGUUGUGUGGAUGAAAUGGUUCUCAGAUCAUCUGACAUAGCUUUGGGGGAAUUUCGGACAUAAAAAAACGUCACUGUUUAUUCAAAUCAAAUCCACUCUUAACACUCCUUCCAAGUUUCAAGAAAAUGUGUUCUGUGGUUUUUUGCAUAAUCCUGCUGACAGAAAAACGGCAAUGAAAAUAUAACCACCUUGGUGGAGGUUAUUGGACAAAUAAAACAUUGCUCCUUCAACACAUUUGAGUAAGCAUGAAA